AUGGAGGGGUUUAGGGGAGCCCCCAGGUUCCUGGCCUAUCCACAGGCCUUCACAGUGCGAAGUGGUGCUGAUGCCGUCCUGAGCUGCCAGAUUACAGGUGACCCCCAGCCAAGCAUCCUCUGGGAGAAAGACAAGAUCCCGAUUGAGCCUAUGGGCCGCUUCCACAUGGAGGCCAAGGGGGACCUGUACAGCCUGCUGGUGUCCCAUGCCACCCCCCAGGACAGUGGGCUCUAUGUCUGCAAGGCCAAGAACAGUGUUGGUGAGACCUAUGCUGCUGCCACACUCAAGGUGGAGGCAGGGGAGCCCCAGGAAGAGGAAUGCUCAGGUGGCAAGGAGCCCGCCUUCCUCAUUGCCCCCUCAUCCACACGAGUGUGCCGGGGGGAGGAUGUGAUGUUCACCUGCAGGGUGUCUGGGCAGCCCUGCCCAGUGCUGGACUGGGAGAAGGAUGGGCGCAAGCUGUCUGACCUCUUUGAGAGCAGCCACUUCUUGGUGGGGCAGGAGCCAGAGGACUGGCACUUCCUGAAGCUGUUUGGUGCCCGGCCCCCGGAUGCGGGGGUCUAUGUGUGCCGGGCACGCAGUGGCUCCCGGCAGGCCCUGGCUGCUGCCAUGCUCCUGGUUGAACCCCGGGCACCACUGGAUGGGCUCCCCAAUGGCUCUCCUGCUGAUGGCCCCGAGCUGCUGGCAGAGCAGAAGCGGCGGCGGCAGCAUGUGACAGGACAGCACAUGGGACCCGAGACCCGUGUGCCCAAUGGCACAGUGCUGGCCGGGGCACUGGGGGCCAAGGCGUUCACUGUGAGCGUGGGGAAGCACGCCAAGUUUCGCUGCUAUGUCACUGGCAAGCCCAAGCCAGAGAUUGUCUGGCAGAAGGAUGGCAAAUCCCUUGUCCCCAGCCGCAGGCACCUCAUCUAUGAGGACCGUGAGGGUUACUUCAUCCUCAAGGUGCUGUACUGCAAACCCCAGGACCAGGGGCUGUAUGUCUGCACUGCGUCCAACACUGCUGGCCAGACCCUCAGUGCAGUUCAGCUCCAGGUGAAAGAGCACCGGCUGCGCUUCCAGGUGCAGUUGGCAGAUGUGGAGGUGGCAGAGCGGGAGGAUGCUGUGCUAGAGUGCCAGGUGCCACUGGAGACCAUUCCCACUGCCUGGUACCUGGAAGACAGGGAGCUGCAGCCCAGCCACAAGUACAUGAUGGAGGAGCGAGGUGUGCUGCGGCGCCUGACUAUCCGUGACGCCCGCACUGAUGAUGACGGCAUCUACCUCUGCCAGAUGAAAGACAAGGGACGCAGUAUCGCUGAGGUGUCCGUCCGAGGGGUGAUCACGAAGCGGCUGCCACGGAAGCUGGAUGUGAUGGAGGGGGAGAACGCAGUUUUCUGUGUGGAGACGCGGGAUGUGGUGGAGGGGAUCUGCUGGAGCCGGGAUGGGCAGCAGCUGCAGGAGUCACCCUGCACCGUGCUGAAGAGCUUUGGCAGGACGCACCUCCUGGUGUUGGUGCAUGUCACCCGCCAGGAUGCAGGCAUCAUCUGCUUCACUACUGGGGAAUCGCAAACGUCCUCACAGCUCCGGGUCAAGUGUGUGAAGCACGACCCCCCGAGCACACCAGUGGCAGCUGAGAUGAGUGUGGCAGAGAGCAACGCGGCCCUGCUGCGAUGGUGCCCCGCGCCCGACGCCCACCUCCGCCCCCCCAGCUGCUACCUGCUGGAGCGGCGGGAGGUGGGGGGGGGCGAGUGGGUGCAGUGCCUCGCCACCGACCUGCCCAGCUGUGUGCGGGUGCUGGGCGAUGGCGUGCCCCGCGAGGCCGACUACUGCUUCCGUGUCUGCGCCGCCAACGAGCAUGGCAGGAGCACUCCCAUCGAGUUCCCUGGCUCCGUGCAUCUCGCCCCAGCAGCUUGCCUGGAGAAGGGUCUGCAGGAUGUGUGGGUGCGGGAAGGUGAGGAUGCACAGUUCUCCCUGGAGUUGUCAGCCAUGGUGCAGGGCACUUGGUUCCUCAAUGGUGCUAGGCUGGGCGAGGAGGAGGAGGCAGGUGGCCAGUGCAGUGUGCGGCGCUGUGGGACAGAGCACUCACUGCUGAUCCGGAGAGCACGGCUGGCAGACAGUGGGGCCCAGGUCACCUUCACAUCUGGUGGCGUGCGGGACUCAGCUACACUGCACGUUCAAGUUCCCCAGGUCCACAUCACCCUAGUGCCUGAGGCUGAGCAGCUCCGGGAGGUGCCAGUGGGGCUGCCUGUGCUACUGGAGUGCCAGGUGUCCCCCCCGGAUGCCCCUGUCUGCUGGCUGAAGGAUGGCGAGGCUGUGCCGCUGGAUGAUGUCAUUGCAGUGCAGGUGGAGGGCUGUGUGCGCAGGCUGCUCCUCCGCUCAGCGGCUCCCUCAGACACCGGCACCUACACCUGUGACACUGGGGAUGAUGCUGUGAGCUUUGUGGUGACCGUGACUGAGGCACCAGUGAGGAUCAUCGACUCCAAUGAGGAGGCCCCCCACGCCUACAUGGCUGGGCAGCGUGUGGAGCUGUGGUGCCAGCUGUCUCGCCCAGCAGCCACAGUGCGCUGGUACAAGGAUGGGGAGGAGGUGGAGACAAGUGAGAGCCUGGUGCUGGAGCAGGAGGGGCCGCGGUGCCGGCUGGUGCUGCCCUGUGCCCGGCCGCAGGAUGCAGGGGAGUUUGUCUGUGAUGCUGGUGGGGACUCUGUCUUCUACACCAUCACUGUGGCAGAGGCACCAGUGAGGAUCAUCGACUCCAAUGAGGAGGCCCCCCACGCCUACAUGGCUGGGCAGCGUGUGGAGCUGUGGUGUCAGCUGUCCUGCCCUGCAGCUUCUGUGCACUGGUACAAGGAUGGGGAGGAGGUGGAGACAAGUGAGAGCCUGGUGCUGGAGCAGGAGGGGCCGCGGUGCCGGCUGGUGCUGCCCUGUGCCCGGCCGCAGGAUGCAGGGGAGUUUGUCUGUGAUGCUGGUGGGGACUCUGUCUUCUACACCAUCACUGUGGAAGCGGAGGCACCAGUGAGGAUCAUCGACUCCAAUGAGGAGGCCCCCCAUGCCUACACGGCCGGGCAGCGUGUGGAGCUGUGGUGCCAGCUGUCCUGCCCUGCAGCCCCUGUGCACUGGUACAAGGAUGGGGAGGAGGUGGAGGCGAGUGAGAGCCUGGUGCUGGAGCAGGAGGGGCCGCGGUGCCGGCUGGUGCUGCCCUGUGCCCGGCCGCAGGAUGCAGGGGAGUUUGUCUGUGAUGCCGGGGACACAUCUGUCUCCUACCACGUCUUGGUGUCAGAGCCACCAGUGAAGAUCCUGCACCCUCUUCAGCGCUCGCUGGAGGUGCUGGUGCAGGCGCCGGGGCGCGUGGAGCUGCAGUGUGAGCUUUCCGUGCCAGAUGCUCCUGUGCGUUGGUUCAAAGAUGGACUGGAAGUGGAUGAGUCAGACAACCUGCUGCUGCUGGUGGAGGGGGCCUGGCGCUGCCUCCUCAUCCCCAGGAGCAGUGCAGAGGACAUGGGCGAGUACAUCUGUGAGAGCAAGGAUGAGGCCGUCUCCUUUGAUGUCAAGGUGUCAGAGCCACCAGUGAGGAUCCUGCAGCCCCUCAGACCUCCCCCCGUGGUAACAGUAUUCCUGGGGGAGACAGUGACGUUGGGCUGUGAGCUGUCCCGUGCAGAUGCGUCUGUGCACUGGACCAAGGAGGGCAUCAGACUGGAGGCUGGGGGCAGCCUGGUCCUGGAGGAGGAGGGUGUUCACCGCCGCCUGCUCAUCCCCGUGGCCCAAGCUGAGCACUCUGGAAAAUACGUCUGUGAUGCCACUGAUGACACAGUGACCUUCACCGUGAAAGUGUUGGACCCGAUGGUCAGGAUCCUGGAGAAGGAUGUCCUGCCAACACGCCGACACUGCCGGGCCAUGGAGGACCUGGUGCUGGAGGUGCAUCUCUCACACGCCCAUGGGGAAGUGAAGUGGUACAAGGACGGGGAGAAGCUGCAGGACACAGGGCGUGUGCAGCUAGAGGAGGAUGGGGCACGCCGCUUGCUCGUUGUCCUGGGUGCCACAGGCAGGGACGCAGGGGAGUACCUCUGCGACACCGGCGAUGACAGCAUUGUCUUCUUUGUCACUGUGGAAGUCCCAGAACCACCGGUGACCAUUCUGGGUAGCACUGGUGCUGUGGAGCAUCGCUGCCUGGUGGCUGGGGAGGACCUAGUGCUUGCCUGUGAGCUCUCCCGACCCGAUGCCAUCGUGCGCUGGCUCUGGGAUGGCCAGGAGGUGCAGCCGGGUGAGCGGGUGCAGGUCGAGGCCCACGGGGUGCUGAGGCAGCUCACCAUCCAUGGGGUACAGCCCAGCGACUCAGGGUGCUACAUCUGUGAUGCUGCCAGUGACCGCGCAGUGACAAGUGUGGAGGUGUCAGCCCAGCCUGUGCACAUUGUCAACAAGGAAGAGGCCCAGAGCCCAUUGGAGGUGCUGGAGGGGGACAGUGUGACGCUGGUGGCCCGCCUGUCCCCAGAAACAGCAGUGGGACAGUGGCAGAAAGAAGGACAGAUGCUGUGCUCAGGUGGGCGGCUGCUGGUGUGCAGUGAGGGCCCAGCAUGCAGCCUCACCAUCAAGCAUGUGGAGCUGAGCGACAGUGGCAUCUUCCUCUGUGAUGCUGGUGAUGAUGAAGUGCAUUUCACGCUGAUUGUGAAAGAGGCACCCGUGCUGUUUGUGAACAAGCAGGAGGAGCUGGAGAAGCUGCUGGUACUGGAGGGUGGCAGUGCUGUGCUCUCCGCCGUCACCUCCACGGAGCGAGCUGAUGUCACCUGGCUGGGCCCACAGCAGGUGGCGGUGGCCAGCGACCGCUGUGAGCUGCGACGGGAUGGCCGUGUGCACAGCCUUGUCCUCCACAAUGUGGCCAAGGAGGACGCUGGUGUCUACACCUGCUUCUCCUCCCAUGACCGGAUGUCAUUCGACAUGAGUGUCCGAGAGCUGCAGGUGAAGUUCCUACGUGGACUGUCAGACGUGUGUGCACGGCAGGGAGAGCGGGUGGUGCUGUGGUGUGAGCUCUGCAAGGCGCGGGGUGACGUGGUGUGGCGGAAGGACGGGCAGGUGCUGGCACCUGGCCCCCAUAGGCAGAUGAUAGUGGAGGGGCGAGAGCGCUCACUGGUGCUGAGCCGCGUGGGGCCCAAGGAUGCUGGCGAGUACUGCUGCGAGUCCAACGACGACCGGACGCUGGCAAUGCUGACGGUGCAAGUCCCCAGGGUGGUGGAGAUCAUCAUGGAGCUGCAGAGCCUGAUGGUGCUGGAGGGGGAGGAUGCCACCUUCAAGUGUCUGGUGUCCCCUGAGGAUGUGGCUGUGACCUGGCAGCUGAAUGGCCAGCCUGUGGUCCCCAGUGAGCGGCUGCUGGUGAAGAAGAGUGGGAUGUGCCACAGUCUCACUCUCCGGCAAUGCCAGCCAGGUGAUGCAGCCACCGUGACAGCCAACGCCGAGGGGCUGGUGAGCAUGGCCCGGCUGACCGUGCAAGAGGCGCAGGUGCUGUUUGUGCGGAAGCUGCAGGACAUGGUGGCAGAGGAGCAGGGGGAUGUGUGCCUGGAGGUGGAGGUGAGCCACGAGGCUGCUGAGGUGCAAUGGCUGAAGCAGGGUGUCCUCCUCCAGCCGGGCAGCAAGUACCAGCUGCAGGAGUCAGGGUGCCGGCGCACCCUCACCAUCCACUGCCUUGGCCCCACUGACCGCGGCACCUACCGCUGCGAGAGCCUGCACGACCGCACGCAGGCCAGGCUCUGCGUGGAGCCCCGAAAGGUGUCGAUCCAGACACCACUGGCAGACAUGGAGACCUUCGAGAAGGAGACAGUCACCUUCCACCUGGAGCUGUCUCACCCUGAUGUGCCUGGGGUCUGGACACGGGAUGGGAUCCGAGUGAAGCCCAGCAGCACGUGCCGGAUCAGUGCCACAGGCUGCGGGCACAGCCUGACACUGGAGAGGCUGGCACUGGAGGACUCAGGCACCAUCACCUUCACGGCUGACACCCUGCGCUGCAGCGCCCGCCUGCUUGUGCGGGAGCCUCCAGUCACUAUGGUGAAGGUCCCACGGGAUCUGGGGGUACCAGAGACAGGGGUUGCCAGCUUUGAGUGUGAGCUGUCUCGCCCCGGCGUGGAGGUGAAGUGGUUCAAGGAUGGGCAGGAGCUGCGGCCAGGGCCCAACUGCCGCAUCUACUCAGCGGGUCGACGCAGAGUUCUGCAGCUGAGCCACUGUGAGCUGGCCGAUGCUGGCACCUACACCUGUGACACAGGCGACUGCCAGGCCUCCGCCACGUUGCAUGUCCAGGAGCGCCAGGUCUGCAUCGUGCAGGACCUGCAGGACACCCAGGUGCGGGAGGGUGACAACGCUGUCUUCACCUGUGAGGCCUCGCAUGGGGACAUAAAGGGCGAGUGGUUCCGGGAUGGAGAGAAAAUCAAGGUCUCCAGCAUGGUGAAGAUACGGCAAGAAGGGACCCGGCAUUUCCUGCUGCUCUGCAGUGUGCGCCCUGAGGAUGCAGGACUCAUUCGCUUUGUGGCCGGGAUGGUAGUCUCAGAGGCCAGCCUGCGGGUGGAAGCACUGCCCAUCCGUAUCGUGAAGCCGCUGCGAGACAAGACAGUGCUGGCACGGCACAAGGCAACACUGGAGUGCACCGUGUCCCACGCCCGGGGCCGGGUGCGCUGGCUUCGUGGGGACACAGAGAUCUUUGCUGGUGACAAGUACGAGAUCUGCAACCUGGACUGCUACCGCACGCUUAUCAUCCACCGCGUGGGCCCUGAGGAUGAGGACUCAUACACCUGCGAUGCCUUCGAUGACCGCUCCACCGCCCGGCUCCUUGUGGAGGGUGAGGGGGCACUCACUGGGGGGGGACCACUAGGGGCUGGCAGGAGCUAG